UGACCGCGCCGAGCCCGUCUGCACAAAAUGGAGUUGUCAGACUCGGUAGUAAAGGGGCUUCAGACGCUGGCGGAUCCAGCUUGUUUCGACUUCAGAUCCUUUACCGCCUUCACCGAAGUGGCCUUCGACAGUCUGCUGUCCUCCAGAACCGACAGCGCUCUGGAUCACCCAGAAUUGAAGAACAUUGAUCAGGCUCUUCUGAAACACUGUCAUGUUGCAGCAACAAUGUUUAUACUAGAAGGAGUAAAGCAAAAUGCAGACAAGUCAACCAUUAGUUCGUGCCUUGAAGAUGUCAAAUUUGAUUCAGAGAGAGUGGACGCAUUUUAUACAUCAUACCAGAAAAAUAAAAGAAACCUGGAAAAUCUGUUGUCAAGUAUUGAUAGAUGCCCUCCUCACAUAACAGAUGCCUCUUGGCGCCUGGAAUAUUGCAUAAAGAAUGGCCAUGUGCAUAAGGUCAAUCAACCAUCCUUCCUGAUUUCUUUUAAUACUGAGAAUGGUGGAAAUGAGGGAACAUCUUCAGACGUAAAUUUUAGCUGUACGUUGGAGCAGCUGCAGGAUUUAGUGGGGAAGAUGAAGGACGCAGCGAAGAGCGUGGAGAGAGCCACCCAGCUGUAAGACCCCUCACCCCGGCGUCCUUGACGAAACCCCACCUUCCGCCGGAGACGGCGUGGGAUUCUCUUUUCUGCUCUUAAUAUGUUGCUGACUUUGUAAAAUAAAACAUGAUGAAAACGCUUGA